ACAUUUAACAUACAAGUACAAGUACUCUGCAUACAUACCUUGCCAACAUCAUCCUUGCUGCAUCCAGCUAUCACGUCUAUCGCAACCAACUGACUCACCGCCCUACCUUACCGCCUGUGAUUGGCCGCUGCAGCCUGAGUCACCAACACGCAUUUGCCUGGCUGGGUCGAUCCCACUUGAGCUCAUAACCUCAUAAGCACCUCAACGCCCGCCAUGUCCUCGCUCUCUUCCUCUUCCUCUUCGUCUCUCGACUCUCUCGACUCAUUCGACGCUUCCUCCUAUUUCUCUUCUCUUGCUCGAAGGCGUCAACAGAAGAAAAUGAGCAUCACUCAGACAUACUACCUCGCUCACACCGCCCGUAGGAAGCUCACUCGUGAGGCUUCCCGGGCGGACCACGACCUGCGACUCCUCGUUGGCCACGCCAAUCUCCUCGAUUCGUUGAUGUUGGAUCUCGCCGAUGCCGAACAAGAACAGGAACGCUGGUUUAAUCAGACUGUCAACGGCGUGUCCAAGUCGUCGCCAUCGCUGUCGUCACCGCUCGCCGAUACAAAACACGUUCAAUGGGCAGACGCUAUCGUGGAGGAUCCGGAAGAUGAUUGGGAUCCUGAGGAUCUGUCGGAUGCGGACUCGGAUCUCAGUGAUGACUCCGAUUUUGAUGAGGAUGACUUCGCGGAGGAACACUUUGCGGUUACAACGCCUAUCCGGCGACCGACUCAAUCACCCGUGCCUUUCGUGACUGAACGCGAAGUCCCUGGUGACUAUGACGAUGGAUACUCCGACUCUGAAUCUGAAUUCGAAUACGAUGAUGCGGAGGAUCUGGAACAUCUCACAUUGACACGGUCGCCAUCGCGGCAAUCACCACCGCCUGACCUAUCCUCAGACUCCGACGAGGAGUCUGAGGAUGAUACUAUGCCUCCCUCUCCUCCUCAACAAACACUCGACACAUUCGCGGAUGACGAAAAGCAUCCGCAGUCGACUACCAUUCCUCUCGACGCAGACCAAGGUCUGUUCGAUCAGAGAUACUACGCUGCGUCCCAGUCGCAGGGUGCGAUUAUUGAAGCUUACUGAGCUUCCCAUUCACCAUCUAUAUACACGUUUUGCAUUUGGUUUUGAUGAUUUAUAAUUUGCAUGGUUGUACAUUUGAUCGUGAUACCCUAGUUUUUAGCGCUUUGCAUAUGGUCUGGACUCGGAUAUACAGUUAU